AAAUCACAACGAACGAACUUUCGAACCACGUAACGUUUGCCACUCUCAGUUCUAGCUAGACCUUCUUCUCAGUUUGGAUUUCUUUGUGGUUGUGCUGGCCGUCGGAGUUCGAGUGAACGUGGAUUGACUCAUUUUCUUCGACAACAUGUCUUCGGUUCAUAUCCGUUGUGGCAACUGCAACACCGUUCUGGUUGUUCCUCCUGGACAUGCUGGUGUCAUCAGCUGUGGAGCGUGCAAAACCAAUCUUCAGGUUUCAGCACCAGCCAACCCACCAGGAUACAAUGCAGUGCCGGCCAAUGUGACCGUGGCCACCAGCAGUGCGCCCUGCCCCGGAACCACCACCAUUGUCACCACCCACGGUGGAUGCCAUCGGUGUGGCGGCCCUAUGGGGCCUGAGAGGUGGACCCUUACGGCUUGGCUCCUUUGCUUCUUCUUCUUUCCAUGGAACUUCUGCAUCCCUGGCUGCCAGCCCAGCGAGGCGUACUGCUCUUCCUGCGGUCACUGCCAACACUAUGAUCUAUAAGCUGAGAGGCUGACCGUGUGAAAGAAUUCAAUUGCUGUGUGACGUGGACCUUGCUCUGAUACAUGUGACCACUGAGAAUGGGCCUAAUGGAGACUGCGGUUUGUGUUCUGCAAUUGCGAUACGUUGAGAUCAAUUCUGUCUGCCUCUAGCUCCGGGCGUGAGGCUCUGUGCACAUCUUGCUGGUGCAAAUACCUUUCCUAGUUCACUCACGUGUGAAUCUGUGCUGGCAGCGUAGUUGUGCCCGCAUUUAUUUUUUAUCAAUAUAUUUAUGGUGUAUUCCAAUACAAGUACACGGAAAAGCUCCUUGCCAUUGUGAAAAUCCUUUACCGUCGUGUCGUUUUUUCUCUAGUCUUUACCUGUGCCUAUACAUUACUGUAUUGGUUCCAAUGCAUUAUAUAUUUUUUUGUAAUCAAUCUGAAUUCCAGCUUGUAGUGUAGCUGGCUAGCA